AUGGCAGUGGAGGACAGUACACUGCAGGUGGUGGUGCGGGUGCGGCCCCCCACCCCUCGGGAGCUGGACAGUCAGCGGCGGCCGGUGGUGCAGGUGGUGGAUGAACGGGUGCUGGUGUUUAACCCUGAGGAGCCCGACAGAGGGUUCCCUGGCCUGAAAUGGGGCAGCACCCAUGAUGGCCCCAAGAAAAAGAGCAAAGACCUGACGUUUGUCUUUGACCGGGUCUUUGGUGAGGCGGCCAGCCAACAGGACGUGUUCCAGCACACCACACACAGCAUCCUGGACAGCUUCCUCCAAGGCUACAACUGCUCGGUGUUUGCCUACGGGGCCACCGGGGCUGGGAAGACAUACACCAUGCUUGGAAGGGAGGAGGACCCUGGCAUCAUGUACCUGACCACUGUGGAACUGUACAAGCGCCUGGAGGCCCGCCAGGAGGAGAAGCACUUCGAGGUGCUCAUCAGCUACCAGGAGGUGUACAAUGAGCAGAUCCACGACCUCCUGGAGCCCAAGGGGCCCCUUGCCAUCCGCGAGGACCCCGACAAGGGGGUGGUGGUGCAAGGACUUUCUUUCCACCAGCCAGCCUCAGCUGAGCAGCUGCUGGAGAUGCUGACCAGGGGGAACUGUAACCGUACGCAGCACCCCACCGAUGCCAACGCAACUUCCUCCCGCUCCCAUGCCAUCUUCCAGAUCUUCGUGAAGCAGCAGGACCAGGUUCCAGGACUGACCCAGGCCGUCCAGGUGUCCAAGAUGAGCCUGAUUGACCUGGCUGGCUCAGAGCGGGCAUCCAGCACCCAUGCGAAGGGGGAGCGGCUGCGGGAGGGCGCCAACAUCAACCGCUCUCUGCUGGCGCUCAUCAACGUCCUCAACGCCCUGGCAGACGCAAAGGGCCGCAAGACCCAUGUGCCCUACAGGGACAGCAAACUAACCCGCCUGCUCAAAGACUCCCUUGGGGGCAACUGCCGCACAGUGAUGAUCGCUGCCAUCAGCCCCUCCAGCCUGGCCUACGAGGACACGUACAACACCCUCAAGUAUGCCGACCGGGCCAAGGAGAUCAGGCUCUCGCUGAAGAGCAACGUGACCAGCCUGGACUGUCACAUCAGCCAGUAUGCUACCAUCUGCCAACAGCUCCAGACCGAGGUAGCCGCUCUAAGGAAGAAGCUCAAAGUAUAUGAAGGGGGAGGCUGGCCCCCACAGGACCUUCCAGGAGCCCCCAAGUUGGAACCGCCACCACAACACCAGCCCUGCACGCCAGAGCUCCCUGCAAGGCCUGGAGCCCUUCAAGAGGAGAGUCUGGGGACAGAGGCCCAGCUGGAGAGGGCCGUGGAAGGGACCUCUUCAGACCAGCAGCAGUGCCUGAAGUACCAGGAUGAAGGCCCAGCUGAGGAGGUUCCAACCCAGAUGGCAGAGCAGAACCCCACACAUGCACUACCAGAGUCCUCUGGCCUGACCCUGCAGCCCAAGCCAGUCAUGGGCCACCUCUCAGCACAGGAACUGGACAAGGAGCGUUCUAAGCAGUUGGCCCUAAAGAUACUGUGCCUGGCCCAGCGGCAAUACUCCCUGCUCCAAGCAGCCAACCUCCUGACCCCCGACAUGAUCACAGAGUUUGAGACCCUACAGCAGCUGGUGCAAGAAGAAAACUUUGAACCCGGGGCAGAGGCCUCUAGGACUUCCGGCCUGGCCGGGGGGUUACCUCUGGCUCAAGAGCUGUGUUCAGAGUCAAGUGAGUCUCACCCUCACCCUCCUCCUCUUUGCCCAGAGCCUUUGGGAUAUACUGGCCCUGUCACCCGGACCAUGGCGAGGCAGCUGAGUGGCCCCCUACACACGUUGGGGAUUCCACCUGGACCUAACUGCUCCCCAGCCCAGGGAUCCCGAUGGCCCAUGGAGAAGAAGAAGAGGAGGAGACCACGCCCCUUGGAACCAGACAGUCCCACGGCCCUAAAGCGGGGCGCCAAGCGCCAGCGCCAGUCCUUUCUGCCCUGCCUGAGGAGAGGGUCUUUGCCUGAUGCCCAACCUUCACUAGGGCCCAGCACCCCCAAAGGAGAAAGGACCUCCUCCCCCUGCCCUUCCCCUCGCUUCUGCCCAGCCACAGUCAUCAAAAGCCGGGUGCCCCUGGGUCCUUCAGCCAUGCAGAACUGUUCUACCCCUCUGGCCCUACCCACUCGAGACCUCAAUGCCACCUUCGAUCUCUCCGAGGAGCCUCCCUCAAAGCCCAGUUUCCAUGAAUGCAUUGGCUGGGACAGAGUCCCCCAGGAGCUGAACAGGCUAGACCAGCCCUUCAUCCCCAGGGGACCCAUGCUCCUGUUCACCACAAAGGGCCCCAAACCAUCUUCCCUCCCUGGGACCUCUGCCUGCAAGAAGAGGCGUGUUGUGAGUUCCUCCAUCUCCCAUGGCCGCAGCCGCAUUGCCCGCCUCCCCAGCAGCACCUUGAAGAGGCCAGCUGGACCCCUUGCGCCUGCAGAGCUGCCCUUGAGUCCCCGGUGCCCUAGCAACCAGAGGAGUGGAAAGGACCUCGUCAGGGUGGGGAGAGUGCUGUCGGCGGGGAACGGUGUCACCAAGGUGUCCUGACCCCCUCAGCCCCACUAUGCUGGACGCCCCUCUUGGACCUGGAACCACCUGCACCGGGAGCCCAGACCUGCUUUCCUUACCUGGGAGCAAUUAGUGCCAACACACCUUCGCAGUAUUACCAUCCCUCCCCAGCCACCCAUCCUGCUACUCACCCCCUGUUAAUCCCCUGUUAUACUCAGCUUCUUGCCAUGUACAUAUUCAUUUGUGAGUGCUAACAUGUAGCUG